AUGAUACCGUGGAGUAUAUUCUUGCUUCAUUCACUGCUGUCUUCUUUGCAAGGAUCUUAUUGCAAGCUUUCUCUUUUGAGAAGAACUUCAAGAAACGGGUUUAAUGCAACUCGACAGAAAAGAGAUCUUGUGACAGCUGAGAUUCAAGCUGCCUCUCCUCGGUCCCACCUUCAUGGAGCCUUGACACGAAGCCUGCCAGGAGGUUCAUGUCCUCAGGAGUGCCUUAAUGGAGCAGCCUGCACAGAGGAAGGUGGCUGUGACUGUCAGUUAUUUCAGGCUCAAGGAAGCAGGUGCCAAAUUGUACCUAACACUGGUAAGGACCGAGAUGGGAUUUGCAAAUCAUGGGGACAGUAUCAUUUUGAAACAUUUGAUGGCAUCUACUACUACUUCCCAGGAAAUUGCUCCUACAUUUUUGCAAAAGACUGCAGUACUCCAGAACCCCAGUACACUGUUUGGGUUCAUAACAGUCCUCACUGUUACGGUUCAGUAUACACCUGUCAGAGGUCCAUCAGCUUAUUUUUUUCAAACCAAGAAGAAAUAAUUAUUUCAGGACAUGAAGUAAGAAAAGAUGGAAUCAGAUUAACGUUGCCUCAAACAGUUGGAAAUGCUUUCCUUGAGAGACUGGCUGACUAUAUUCUGGUGAAGACUACCUUUGGUUUUUCUCUUGCUUGGGAUGGAAACUCUGGCAUUUAUAUUAAGCUGACAGAAGAUCAUAAGGGAAGACCUUGUGGUCUCUGUGGAAAUUUUAAUGGCAAUAAAUAUGAUGACCUGAUAUUGCAAAAUAGUGAAUAUACAGAAGACAUUGCUGAAUUUGCAAAUAGCUGGGCUGUGCAAACCUCAGAUGAUGUAGCUUGUGUACCUACUGCCUCAGAUUUUUCCAGUCCUUGCUCAGCUGAUGCAGAAUCCACUGAGGACAUAUUCUUCAAGUGCCAAAUAUUCCUGCAGUUUCCUUUUCUCAGCUGUCAUGAAAGCAUAGAUCCGUAUUCUUACAUUUCUAGCUGUAUGAAUGAUCUCUGCAGAGCGGACGAUGAUGAAACAUACUGCAGGGCGGUGACAGAGUACGCUAGAGCAUGCUCUCAUGCAGGGUCCCCGGUGCGGGACUGGAGGGAUGACUUUCCUGCCUGUACUGAGAAGUGUGAAGACAGCUUUGUACACCGUGACUGUAUCAGUUGUUGUCCACCAACAUGCACGUUUGAAAAAGACUGUCUUGGCAGCAACCUACACUGCUUAGAUGGCUGUUACUGUCCAGAUGGUCUCAUUAUGGAAAAUGGAACUUGUAUCUCUGUGUCGAGUUGUCCUUGUAUUUACCAUGGAACUGCCUUCCCAGUAGGCUCAAAAAUUGAACAAGAAUGUAGCAACUGUAUUUGUAUUGGUGGCAUUUGGAACUGCACUGAUCAUGAUUGCCCAGCUGAGUGCUCCAUCACAGGCAGCUCUCAUUUCACAACAUUUGAUGGACGUCAUUUUACCUUUCUUGGGAUUUGCCAGUACAUUUUGGUAAAAGGCACUGGGAAAAACAAAUUCGCAAUCACUUUACAGAAAGCACCUUGUGGACAGAACUUUGACCACGCCUGCAUUGAGUCUAUAACACUAGUUCUUGAAGAUGAUGUGAACAAACAAGUAACUCUCACGAGAUUUGGUCAAAUCCAAACUGGCCUUAACCAAGUUUUUAACCUUAAUGGGGCUAUUGAAAUUCAGAAUAUAUCUUCUUUCUUUGUUCAACUGAAGACUAGUUUUGGUUUGAAGAUACUGUUUGCUAAAGAUGGAGAGAGGAUCUAUGUUCAAGUUGAUGUCAGCUGGAAGAGAAGAACAUUAGGACUAUGUGGAACGUACAAUGGGAAUUUAAGAGAUGAUUUUCUUUCUCCAGCAGGGAUGAUAGAAGGGACCCCACAACUUCAUGCCAAUGCAUGGAAGGUUUCCUCAGCUUGUUCAGUGCCUAUCAAUAUUCCUGUGGUUGAUCCCUGCAACGUUAAUCAGCAAAAUGCUGGGUAUGCAUCUCACUGUGAUAUCAUCAAUCAAGAAGUUUUUGCUCCCUGCCAUGCCUACAUCAGUCCAGGAUUAUACUACCAGCUAUGCCGCUUCGAUGCAUGCAAAUGUGGAAGCAGCUGUUUGUGUAAUGCUUUGGCACACUAUGCUUACGUCUGUGGCAAGCAUGGGGUCGUCGUUGACUUCAGAUCUCAUAUUUCUUACUGUGCUGUGAUGUGUCACAGUGGUAUGCUUUAUCAUCAGUGCUCUUCUUUUUGUAAACAUUCCUGUGCUUCACUUUCUAUGGCAAAUAUCUGUGGUGAUGACUGUGCAGAAGGAUGUAAUUGUCCUGAUGGGAAAUAUUUUGAAGAGUCGGUCAACUUUUGUGUAUCAAUAUCUGCCUGUCAUUGUCAUUACAAGGGCAAAGCCCUCCAGCCUGGAGAAAUCCUCCCUACGCCAACAGGCUCCUGUCAGUGUUUGAAUGGAACAGUGAAAUGUAUUGAAGCCACUACAGAAAACACAGUUCACAUAUGCCCUGAAGGAAAAAUCUACUAUGACUGCAGAUCUCCUGUGCCUGGCUUCCCAGCAGCGGGUGUGAAUUGCGGGAUCUCUUGUGCGAACCUUGCCAUGAACUUCUCCUGUGUCCCCUCACCACCCUGUGCGAGUGGCUGCGUUUGCCCCCCUGGGAUGGCUGAGCACAGAGGGAAAUGUUAUAUUCCUGACAGUUGUCCAUGCACCUGGAAAGACAGGGAAUUUCUGUCAGGAGAAGUGAUAGCUACACCAUGUUACACCUGUGUUUGUCGAAGAGGGAUAUUCAAUUGCACUAGUUAUCCCUGUCCUGCUGUAUGCACUAUUUAUGGAGAUCGACAUUAUUAUACCUUUGACGGAUUGGAGUAUGAUUAUGUCAGUGACUGCCAAGCUUACCUGCUAAAGAGCACAGAUAACUCAAAUAUAUCUAUAAUUGCUCAGAACAAAAAGUGCUUUGACAACGAUAUUGUUUGCUCAAAGAAUGUUUUCAUCACUGUUGGAGACACUGAAAUUUAUUUUAGUGAACUUUCGGAGAAGCAGAAGACCUUAAGGGGACAGGAAAACAAAUCUAACUAUCAGCUUUGGAAGGCUGGAUAUUAUACUGUGAUACACUUUCCAGAACAGGACAUUACAAUUCUGUGGGAUAAGAAGACAAUGAUGCAUGUUAAAGUUGGACCUCGAUGGAAGGGUAAACUAGCAGGUUUGUGUGGAAAUUUUGACAAAUAUACUUCAAAUGAUCUGACUACAUCAAACAAUAUGGAGGUGAGAAAUGCACAGGUGUUUGGAGACAGCUGGGUAUUAGGACAGUGCAAGCGCCCAAAUGAAACACUAAGACCAUGUGAGGUACAUCAGAGCAAGUUCCCUUAUGCCAAAAAGGAAUGCUCAAUUUUAUACAGUGAUGUUUUUGCACCUUGUCGCAAUGUGAUUGAUGUGACUUCUUUUGUCAAAAAUUGUCACACAGAUACGUGCAACUGCAAUCUUGGUGGGGACUGCGAAUGCUUGUGUACCAGUAUUGCAGCUUAUGCCCACAAGUGCUGCCAGCAUGGAGCAGCGAUUCACUGGCGAUCUCCUUCGCUCUGUGCUUAUGACUGUGAAUAUUACAAUCAAGGUCUUGGUGAAGGACCCUAUAUUUUGGCAAGUUAUGGCGAGAAUGACACAAUUAUAGGAGCUAACGUAUCCAGUAGAAGGAUAUUUCCCCUGCCUAGAACUGGAGCAUAUGGAAAUGUAUUUUUCAGUUUCAUGAUAACUCCAGGUCUUUUCAAAGAUAAAGAUUUAUCUCUUUCUCUCGUUUCCCUUGAAUCUGCUGAAAGACCAAACUACUUUCUGUACAUUCACGACAAUGAAACCGUUGGGUUGGAACAGUGGCAGGCAAGUGCCUCUUUUCAGAGACAAGCCACCUUCUUCCACCACCAGGGCCUCUGGAGUCCAGGGCUCAGCGCCUUCGAACUGCACAGUAAAAAAGGCUUUUUCAUCAUUCUCACCUCAUCAGGUGUUAAAGUGGCAAAGUAUGAUGAUUCAGAAGAAUUCAAACGUUUGAGUAGCUUUAGUGUUGAAGAACUCAGUGCCUCUGUGCCUUAUAGAAGGAUGUGUGAAUGGCGAUAUGAAUCUUGUGCUAAUCCUUGUGUUAAAACAUGUAGUGAUCCUGAAGGAACAGCAUGUAAAUUCCUUCCUCCGGUUGAAGGAUGCUUGCCAUACUGUCCCAAAAACAUGAUCCUUGAUGAGGUCACACUUAAAUGUGUUUAUCCAGAAGAUUGCAUACCUGUGACACCUACAGAAUCAGCAAUGCCUUCUGAUGUACUCCACAGCACAGCCAGCCCUACUCCAGGCAAUGAAUGUAAACCAAGAUACCUUGAACCCAUCGAUAAAUGUAGCCAGUAUGUAUGUGUUAAUAAGGGUUGGAUGUUAUACAACCUUUCAAGGAACUGCCCUAAGGAUGUGCAGAAGCCAGACUGUGGUUUUCGAGGAAUGCCAGUUCAAGUUAACACUGAUAGUUGUUGCCCAGAAUGGGAAUGUCCCUGUCAAUGUUCUGUACUAUCUGAACUGAGCAUUGUUACAUUUGAUGGAAACAACAUAGCCCUCUGUUAUAUGGCUUCCUACAUUUUAGUCAAAUUACCAGGAGAAAUUAUUGUUGCUCAUAUUGAAAAAUGUCCUGCUAAUCAGAGUGCAAAUUCAAUAAGAAAACUAGUUCCCCCUGCAAGCACUUCUGGGCUCUGUUUUAAGAAAUUAAAUGUAACAACACACACAUAUAAAUUACUCAUCAAUCGUUUAGCAAGAAAAGUAGUAGUGGAUUCUGUAAAUCAAUCAUUACCAUUUUCAAAAGAUGGACUGAGUAUUCAGGAUACUGGUUCAAUGUAUGUCGUUAAUACCCCCGCUGGUAUUAACAUCAAAUGGGCUCACAUUACAGGCAUCAUAGAUAUACAGUAUGGAUUACAGUCUAACACAUCGAUGACGACAGAAGGACUUUGUGGGGUGUGUAAUGGAGACCCUACUGAUGACCUGAAAAUGCAAAAUAGUACCAUAAUUACAAAUAUGGAGGAAAUUGAAGUGUUCAUUAAGAGUUGGGAAAUUGAGAAAUCACUGGAUGUAACAACCAGGAGGCCAGUAAGAAACUGUACUGAAGAUAACUGCACAUACUGUAUGGAACUCUUAAACAGAAGCAUUUUCAUCCCUUGUCACAAGAAAGUGUCACCACAGGAGUUUUGUGAGAAGAUGUGGAUCAACAGUACUUAUUUUUGGAAUUAUGAGUGUGAUGCACUUUCUGCAUAUGUGGCUUUAUGCAACAAGCACAACAUCUGCAUUAAAUGGAGGACACCUGAUUACUGUUCAUUGAGUUGUCCUGAGGGCAAGGAAUACCAGCCUUGUGUGCAACCCUGUGAAGCCAAGACGUGCUUGAAUAAAUGGCUCUAUGAAGAUUCUCCCUGUUCCUAUUUAAGGGAAGAUUGUGUGUGUAAAAAUGGCACUAUUCUGCAUAGAACAGACUCUGACCUCUGUAUACCAGAAGAAAAAUGUACAUGUACAGAUAACAAAGGACAACCCCGCUCUGCUGGGGAGACCUGGAAUGGGUCCAUGAGAGGCUGUUGCAUGUACAUCUGUCUAGAAAAUGGAAGCAUUGUUGGUGUAGAACCUGAAUGCAAUGAGGAUCCACCACCAGUCUGUGAAAGAGAAGGGGAAGUUAUCGUCCAUGUCAUCGAAGAGAGAGCUUGCUGUCCAAAAAAAGUUUGUGAAUGUAACAUGUCCUUGUGUGAUGCCAUUAUUCCAACAUGCAAACCCAAUGAAAAAUUAGUGGUGGGCUACCACCCCCUGUCGUGCUGUCCACAGUACCGAUGUGAAUGUGAUCCUUCAGUUUGUUUCAAUGCUUCCCAGCUGGACUGCAGAGAGGAUCAAUUUAUUGUUGAAGCAAAACAGGAAGACUCCUGUUGUUUCUCUUAUCUCUGUGUUUGUGAAUCCUGUAUUGAGCCUGUUCCCUUGUGUAAUGAAGGGGAAAUUCUCACUGUAGACCUUAAUACCGUACAUUACUGUUGUCCUCAUUAUUACUGCGUUUGUGACGAAAAUCUUUGUUCUGAGACUUCUAUAAAUUGCACAGAUGACAUGACACUUGUGAAGGAAAAAAUACCUGGGCAGUGCUGUCCAGAAUGGCACUGUGAAUGUAGCUGUGAAAAUGCUACUAUGCUGACCUGCAAAUUGGGAGAAGUUAAAAAAAUAGACAGUAGUGUUUCCAGUGCUUGUGGAUGCACUCACUACAUUUGUGAGAAGGAUGAUGUGUGCAUCUUCCAAGAGGUCACAGUACUGAAUCCUGGACAGUCAGUGAUUCAGUACUUGGAUGGAGACCUUUGUUACGCUGUUCAGUGUUUACAAGAAAAAGAUCAGAAAACAGGAUACAAUGCCAUGCAUUUUACAAUGGUGAACUGUUCCCAGCAAUGUGAAGCUCAUCAAAUUUAUAUUCCUUCCUCCAGUCCCCACACUUGUUGUGGUACCUGUCAAAAUGUGUCCUGCUCUUUUCAUACUGAGAAUGGAACACUAAUUGUGUAUGAGGAAGGAAGCACCUGGAGCUCCAACUGCACCAACUACGAGUGUGCAAAGACUGCUGCAGGGGCUAUCAUACUGGGAUCAAGUGUUGUCUGUCCCCCUUUUAAUGACACUGAGUGUACAAAGAAUGGAGGAAUUGUGCAGAUGUAUAAUGAUGGCUGCUGCAAGACCUGCAAAAAGGAAGAAAGGAUUUGCCAGAAAAUGACAAUCAGGACAACCAUAAGAAAAAAUGACUGUAUAAGUCUAAGCCCGAUAAAUGUGGCUUCUUGUGAUGGAAAAUGCCCGUCUGCAACAAUUUUCAAUGUCAAUAUCGAUAGCCAUUUAAGAUUCUGUAAAUGUUGUCGAGAAAAUGGAACACGUAAUCUGACUGUGCCACUACGCUGCUCAGGAAAUGGCACUGAAAUUACGUACGUCAUUCAAGAGCCUACAGACUGCUCAUGCCAAUGGAACUGA